UCAGUGAAGCUCUCUCGUGUGGGCCCCUGUGAACUGUGCCUGACUCCCAUCGCUAGUGAACCGGGGGGGACCCUCGCUGCCCCACGUCUCACACAGAUUGGUGUCGCUGGGACAAGCCUCUGACCAUGGGAGCGAACAGCAGCACCCGCCGUGUGUCGUUCGAGUCGGACGAGAACGAGAACAUAUCGGUGGUGAAGGGCAUUCGGCUUUCUGAGAAUGUCCUCAACCGCAUGAGGGAACCCGAAGCUCCUCCUAAAAAACAACAACGUGCUCCCACUCGACCACCUCCCUUGGAGCCGACACUUAUCCCCUCUCCUCUCCUGCGGCCAGUGCCUCCCCCCUUUGACCCGAUCACCUCCUUGCCUCCCCCCUUUGACCCAAUCACCUCCUUGCCUCCUCCCCCUCCUCUUGUAGAACCUGUUGCACCUCCACCAGCUCCACUUGUCACAGAGACUGUGGCUACACCUCCAGCACCUCCUCCUCCUCAACCCCCUGCAGAACAGGUAGCAGCCCCAACCAUAGCUCCACCAGCUCCACUUGCCACAGAGACUGUGGCUACACCUCCUCCACCUCCUCCUCCUCAACCACCUGCAGAACAGCUCCCAGUAGAGCCAGUACCCGCUGCUCCAGUCCCAGAGCCUGUGGCAGUGCCCGAGUCGAUUCCAGUCCCACCACCUCCUCCUCCUCCACCAGCCGUCGACGAAGAGGCCCUGAGGAAGAAGAUUUCUGUUGAGCUGCACAAAGGCUUUGAGGAGGAGAGGGCCAAGGCAGAGCAAGAGCUGCAAGCCUGGUUGGACGCAGAGAAGACCCGAGCAGCAGAGCAGGCUACCGCUGAUGCCCAGUCCCAGGUCCCCGGUGAAGUUUCCAGGAUGCUCUCUGUGGAGCGGGCCCUGGUGCAGGAGAACCUCCAGCAGACUCUCAUAAGGGAGAGGAUCAUCACCGAGGACGAGAAGCACCGCGCACAGAUCUAUGCCAAGCAGCUGGAGGCCAGAGAAGCGGAUUUGAAGAAGCAGGAUGUUUUCUACAGAGAGCAGGUGGCGCGGCUGGAGGAGAGGAGCGCUCAGUUCUACAAGGUCACCACCGAGAACUACCACAAAGCUGCAGACCAAGUGAAUGCCAAGUUCAGGCGGUAUGAGAUGUAUCCCGUGUGCACAGACCUGCAGGGCCAGAUCCUCGCGUGCUACAGAGAGAACGUCGGGAAAACCCUCCACUGCUCCAACAUAGCAGCACUUUACCUGCAGUGUGUCAACAACUCCAAACAGAACAAGUUGAGGACCGGGGGUUAAGGAAGAAAGGAGAAAGUAAGAGGGAGUUUAUUGUGUGGGAUUACUGAUUAUCGACCGAACGACUGACAGACCAGACUGCAGUGAAGGAGGAGGGGAAUGAAUCAGCACCGACACACACACACACACACACACACACACACACACA